AUGCACUCAGAAUACAUCUUAAAUGAAAUAUUUAAUAGUAGUUAAUACAUUUAUUUAUUUUUAUAUUUUAUUUUAUUUUUAUUAAAUUAAAAACUUGAAACAAUUGAUGCAUUAGAUGCAACACUUGAUGCACUAGAUGCAUUAGAUGCACUAGAAGCAUUAGAAGCACUAGAAGCAUAUGAAACAAAACACAUUAUAUCCUAAAUUUUUGGAAAGUUUAAAAUUGGCGAUGAAGGUGCAUCAGGCUUAGGUUCAGGUUUAGCAAAUUGCAUUAAUCUCUUAAAUUUGACACUUAAUCUUCAUUAGAAUGAAAUUGGUACAGUGGGUGCAUCAGAUUUAGGUUCUGCUUUAGCAAAGUGCAUUAAGCUCUCAAAUUUAACACUUAAUCUUGAUUAGAAUGAAAUUGGUGCAGUGGGUGCAUCAGAUUUAGGUUCUGCUUUAACAAAGUGCAUUAAGCUCUCAAAUUUAACACUUAAUCUUAAUUAGAAUGAAAUUGGUGCAGUGGGUGCAUCAGAUUUAGGUUCUGCUUUAGCAAAGUGCAUUAAGCUCUCAAAUUUAACACUUAAUCUUCAUUAUAAUAAAAUUGGUACAAUAGGUGCAUCAGGCUUAGGUUCUGCUUUAGAAAAUUGCAUUAAUCUCUCAAAUUUGACACUUAACCUUUGUUAGAAUUAAAUUGGUGCAAUGGGUGCAUCAGACUUAGGUUCUGCAUUAACAAAAUGUAUUAAUCUCUCAAAUUUGAAACUUAAUCUUUAUAACAAUUUAAUUGGUUCAAUGGGCGCAUCAGAUUUAGGUUAUGCUUUAGCAAAGUGCAUUAAUCUCUCAAAUUUGACACUUAAUCUUUGUUGUAAUGAAAUUGGCGAUGAAGGUGCAUUAGGCUUAAGUUCUGCUUUAGCAAAGUGUAUUAAUCUCUCAUGUUUGGCACUUGAUCUUAGUAAAAAUUAAAUUGGCUAUAAAGGUAUAUCAGGUUUAGGUUCUGGUUUAGUAAAGUGCAAAAAUCUCUCAUAUUUGACACUUAAUCUUUAUGAUAAUUUAAUUGAUGAUAAAUAUGCAUCAGACUUAGGUUCUGCUUUAGCAAAUUGCAUUAAUCUCUCAAAUUUGACACUUGAUCUUUAAAGAGAUAAAAUUGGCGAUGAAGGCGCAUCAGGCUUAGGUUUUGGUUUAGCAAAUUGCAUGAAUCUCUUAAAUUUGACACUUAAUCUUCAUUAGAAUAAAAUUGGUGCAGUGGGUGCAUCGAAUUUGGGUUCUGCUUUAACAAAGUGCAUUAAGCUCUCAAAUUUAACACUUAAUCUUCAUUAGAAUAAAAUUGAUUCAGUGGGUGCAUCAGAUUUAGGUUCUGCUUUAGCAAAGUGCAUUAAGCUCUCAAAUUUAAAACUUAAUCUUAAUUAGAAUUAAAUUGGUGAUGAAGGAGCAUCAGGCUUAGGUUCUGCUUUAGCAAAUUGCAUUAAUCUCUCAAAUUUGACACUUGACCUUCGUUAGAAUUAAAUUGGUGCAAUGGGUGCAUCAGAAUUAGGUUCUGCUUUACAAAAGUGCAUUAAUCUCUCAAAUUUGACACUUUAUCUUAGUUACAAUUUAAUUGGUUCAACGAGCGCAUCAGAUUUAGGUUCUGCUUUAGCAAAGUGCAUUAAUCUCUCAAAUUUGACACUUAAUCUUCGUUGUAGUGAAAUUGGCGAUGAAGGUGCAUUAGGCUUAAGUUCUGCUUUAGCAAAGUGUAUUAAUCUCUCAUGUUUGUCACUUGAUCUUAGGUAAAAACAGUUUAUUUAUUUUGGUUUGUGA